AUGCCGAAGAACUCAUCGAAUGGCGCCAACAACCACCAACCUCCCGUCAGCUACUUGGGCUGCUCCGUUAAAGAACUUCAGGAUCUCAUGCAGUUGAGAGGCACUGAGGCUUGCGAGAAACUGAAGAGCAAGUACAACGGAGCAGCUGGAUUGUGUGAUAAAUUAAAAACAUCUUCAAACAAAGGGUUAAACGCGACGGAAGAUGAUUUGAAACAGCGAAGGUCUCAAUAUGGUCGCAACGAAAUUCCUCCGAAACCACCGAAAUCCUUCCUGAGGCUCGUCUGGGAGGCCCUACACGAUGUCACUCUAAUCAUUCUCAUCAUUGCCGCCAUUAUAUCGAUAGGACUUUCAUUCUACAAACCUGACACGCACAGUAAGUCCAUGAAUUUAAAUAAUUUUUACAGAACUGCAUACCAAAUUGCUUACUCGAUUGAAACAGUCGAUUCAUCAGAAAGUGAAGCCAGCUGGAUAGAGGGCGUGGCAAUAUUAGCGGCCGUUGUUGUGGUUGUCUUUGUGACGGCAUUCAACGAUUGGAGGAAGGAGAGGCAGUUUCGAGGUUUGAAGAACAAAAUCGAAGGGGACCACAAAUUUAACGUCAUCAGGAACGGCGAAACAACUCAAGUGCUGGUCGCCGAUAUCGUAGUCGGUGACAUCUGCCAGAUUAAAUAUGGUGAUUUAAUACCAGCAGAUGGAGUGCUGCUGCAGAGUAACGAUUUAAAGAUUGAUGAAAGUGCGUUAACGGGUGAGUCAGACCACGUGAAGAAGGGUGAAUCAACAGAUCCCAUGCUCCUAUCAGGCACUCAUGUCAUGGAAGGAAGUGGAAAAGUUGUCAUAACGUGUGUUGGUGUCAAUUCACAAGCUGGAAUCAUAUUCACACUGCUUGGAGCGACCAGCGUCAAAAAACCGAAGGAAGCCAAUGACAUAGAAAACAUAACAGGUUGGAUCAUUUCAUUUUUAUUAAAGGAUAAAAAGCAUUAUAAAAUCCAUUAUGAAAAAAAACGUUAUGAUGCUGUAACGAAGAAGAAGAAAGACGAGGAGGAGGAAGACGAAGGUGAUGAACUGAAGUCAGUGCUUCAGGCCAAGUUAACGAGAUUGGCCAUCCUCAUUGGAUACGUAGGAACAGCAGUUGCAAUAUUGACGUUCCUCGUGCUAAUCUUGCGGUUGUGCAUCGACAAGUUUGUCAUACACAAACAAGCUUGGUCCAACGUGUACAUCCAAAAAUUUGUACAGUUUUUCAUCACUGCUAUCACUGUUCUGGUAGUUGCCGUUCCAGAAGGCUUGCCCCUGGCUGUUACUAUAUCGCUGGCAUAUGCCGUUCGGAAAAUGAUGCACGACAACAACUUGGUGCGGCACUUGGAUGCCUGCGAGACGAUGGGCAAUGCCACUGCCAUCUGCUCAGACAAGACAGGCACCUUAACAACAAACAGGAUGACUGUCGUUCAGAGUUACAUUGCAGGUAAAUAUUACAAGAAGCUACCGACGUUCGACGAGCUGCCCGCACGCAUGCGCCAUCUCAUGGUCAUGGCCAUUUCAAUCAACUCUAGCUACACGUCGCUUGUGGAACCUUCAGAAAUCAAAGGACAGCUGCCGAAACAACUCGGCAACAAAACGGAGUGCGCGUUGCUAGGGUUUCUGCUGGACAUGGGACAAAGUUACCAGAAAUACAGAGAAGAAAUUCCUGAAGAAAAACUUUUCAAAGUAGUGUACACAUUCAAUUCAGUCCGCAAAUCGAUGACGACCGUUAUAAAGAGAGACGGAGGCUACAGAGUUUUUUCCAAAGGUGCAUCGGAAAUCGUGCUCAAGAGAUGUAAAUACAUAUUAGGACCAGCUGGUAAAGUUGAAUUGUUUCUGGAUAAAGACCAGCAAAAAAUUGUAAGGAAUGUCAUUGAACCUAUGGCGGCUGAUGCGUUGAGAACGAUUUGUAUAGCUUACAAGGACUAUGUUAGAGAUGAUAAUGAUGUGGUCAUGUCAUCUGAACCGGACUGGGAUGCAGAAGAAGACAUCAUAUCAGGGUUAACAUGUAUUUGCAUUGUUGGCAUUGAGGAUCCGGUUAGACCGGAGGUGCCAGAUGCUAUUUAUAAAUGUCAACGAGCGGGCAUAACAGUACGUAUGGUGACAGGAGACAACGUCAACACAGCUCGUUCUAUCGCAACAAAAUGUGGAAUUUUGAGACCUGGCAGUGACGAGUUUUUAGUUUUAGAAGGCAAAGAAUUCAACAAGAGCAUCAGAGAAGGUCCUGAUCAACCAGUAAAACAAGAAUUGAUUGACAAAAUUUGGCCACGCCUUCGAGUUAUGGCUCGAUCAUCACCGCAGGACAAAUACGUUCUCGUGAAAGGCAUCAUUGACAGCAACCUCAACAACAGCAAGGAAAUUGUUGCCGUCACUGGCGAUGGUACGAACGAUGGACCUGCCCUCAAGAAGGCUGACGUGGGAUUUGCCAUGGGCAUAGCUGGUACGGAUGUGGCGAAAGAAGCUUCGGACAUAAUCCUGACUGACGAUAACUUCACAUCCAUCGUGAAAGCUAUCAUGUGGGGCAGGAACGUUUACGACAGCAUUGCAAAGUUUCUGCAAUUUCAACUAACCGUCAAUUUCGUCGCCGUUGUAGUAGCAUUCUUGGGGGCUUGCAUCAUUGAGGAAUCUCCGUUGAAAGCAAUACAGAUGUUGUGGGUCAAUCUGAUUAUGGACACUCUAGCUUCACUCGCACUGGCCACCGAACUGCCCACCGAGGAGCUGUUGAUGAGAAAACCUUACGGAAGGGACCAUUCGUUGAUAUCGAAGAUUAUGAUGAAGAACAUCCUCCUACAAGGAUUGUACCAGCUGACCGUCGUUCUGGCUCUUGUGUUUGCUGGCGAGAAAUUAGUAAACAUCGAAAGCGGUCGAAAUAAAAGUGGAGAGCCGCCUUCGCAGCACUUCACAUUGGUGUUCAACACUUUCGUCUACAUGACUCUCUUCAACGAAAUUAACUCAAGGAAGAUCUACGGAGAGUCCAAUGUUUUCCAAAAUAUUCACACCAACCCUCUAUUCAUUGCGAUAUGGAUAUUAACAUUUGCACUACAAGUGAUCAUUGUCCAAUUUGGAAGCGUGGCAUUUCAAACGUCAGGUCUCAUAGCUGAUCAGUGGAUGUGGAGUUUCUUUUUUGGCAUAAGUGUCCUACUCUGGCAACAGGUCACUUUAUGUAUAUUGCCUUUGUGCGUGCCAGUAUGUGUGUGUGUCUGUCUAAUCAGUUAA